AUGUAUAGAGGCGAAUCUACUGCACAUAUCUCGCAACUUCUUGGUCUCUAUGCCGCCCAUUGCCUAAUCCCUGCGAUUCUCUUGAUUACAACCUCGAAAGGUUCAAUUCUGAGAUACCUCUGGGUACCUUGUUCAGUCUUGAUUGUAUACUUCGCUAUACCCGUGGCCACCGCACUAGGCCCAGGAUUUGUAUGGUGCGAAUGCGGUCGCUUGUUUCUGACAAUCGUCUUCCAAUGUCUGAACCUGCUCCUGAUCAACCCCAAAGACCGACGUGAUAUACCACCUGGAGGGAGUCAAACCUUUGGAGGUCGACUCUACUCUGCCUCUCGGUUGUUCACCGAUCCUCGCGGAAUCAAGACCCCUUGGCAAAUCAAAAAUGCCCCGCCACAGCCAAAAUAUUAUGACCGCUGGGGUCCCAAGGAACCACCUCGAGUUCAAUUUUUGACUCGUCAGAUAUUCAUCGUCAUAUGGCAAUACUUGGUCCUUGAUAUUUUUGCUACCCUUGCUUUGCAACAGGCUCUGGAGCGGAGCGGGGCUCUGCCGCCAGUGCCUCGAUGGGAUAUUUCCACUGAGCAAUGGAUUGAACGAAUCAUCUCAAAUCUGGUGGCUGGAUUUGUCGUCAGUCGGAUUCUCAUUGACUUCCACCACCGCAUGUUCUCGAUCAUCCUUGUUGGGCUCGGACUGGACUCCCCCACAAACUGCCCUCCAUUAUUUGGGAGAGCACUAGAUGCCGAUUCAGUACGGGGAUUCUGGGCUAAAUUCUGGCACCAAUUGCUCCAGCGGCCCCUGACUGCGGUGAGCGGGUUCGUCACCAGGGACUUCUUGGGUUUGUCACGCAACUCAUCAAUUCAGCGGUAUACAAAUGUCUUCGUUGUAUUCCUCUUUUCCGGUGGCCUGCACGUUGUGCUAGAUGUUGUGCAGGGUAUCCCAGCACAGGAAUCCGGCGCCAUGUUAUUCUUCGCCACAGCCCCUCUAGGCCUGAUGAUCGAAGAUGGCGUCAAACAUCUUUGGGUACAUGCCACAGGCUCCAAGGACGAAAGCUGUAAAGGCCCUAAGCCGCUGUGGCAAAGGGUUCUGGGCUUUUCAUGGUCUAUGGCUUGGCUCGGGGUCACCUCUACUGGGUUCUUUUACCCUCAGGUAAUCAGGCCACAGAACCAAGCUUUGGUACCCAUUUCUGUGGCAAGUCAUAUUGGAAUGCCUGUACAGGCGGGAGUAGUUCUGAUCGGUGGUGCCGUGCUGGCUAAAGUGUUCGAGGUUGAGGUAUGA